UAUUAUUAUUAUUAUUAUACUUAAGGAACAAAAUGACUACGAUAUAAAAAAAAUUGACAUGGUUCGGCUUCCUGCCCAAUCUUUCACUCCAAACGGUAAUUCAUAUUUCCUCUCUACAAAACACCAAUGCCUCUCUCUCCUGAAACUCUGCUCCUCAAUCAAACAUCUCUAUCAAAUCCAUGCUCAGAUACAAGUUUCUGGUCUCCAACAAGACAACUUCCUCAUAUCUCAACUCAUUCGGUUCUCUUCUUUGUCUCCGUCAAACCACUUGAGUUAUGCCCAGUCCCUGCUUUAUCACUCUGUUAACUCACUGCCACCAUCUUCUUGGAACAUUCUCAUUAGAGGCUAUGCUGCUACUAAUACCCCAAGAGAGGCCAUAUGGGUCUUUCACAGAAUGCGAAAACAAGGAAUUAGACCCAAUAACCUGACCUUCCCUUUUCUUCUCAAAGCAUGUUCUACGUGUUUUGCAAUCAAAGAAGGGAAACAAGUACAUUUAGAUCUUAUUAAGCAUGGUUUGGAUUGUGAUGUGUAUGUCAACAAUAAUUUGGUCCAUUUUUAUGGAUCAUGCAAGAAGAUUUUGGAUGCAUGUAAGGUGUUCGAUCAAAUGUGUGUUAGAACCGUGGUUUCAUGGAAUGCUGUGAUUACUAGUUGUGUUGAGAGUUUGUGGAUGGGAGACGCAAUUGGAUAUUUUGUGAAAAUGAUGGAUUUUGGGUUUGAGCCUGAUGAGACGACGAUGGUGCUUAUGCUUGCAGUCUGCGCUGAAAUGGGGAACUUGAGUUUAGGCAGAUGGAUUCAUUCUCAAGUGAUUCAGAGAGGGUUAGUACUGAAUUAUCAAUUGGGUACCGCCCUUGUUGAUAUGUACGCAAAAAGUGGAGCUAUUUGUUAUGCUAGGCUAGUUUUUGAUAGAGUAAAGGAGAAAAAUGUGUGGACAUGGAGUGCAAUGAUUUUGGGUCUAGCUCAGCACGGAUUUGCCAAAGAGGGCCUUGAACUUUUCCUUGAGAUGAUGACGAGCUCUUCCAUACGGCCAAAUUACGUCACGUUUCUUGGGGUUCUUUGUGCCUGUAGCCAUGCUGGUUUGGUAGAUGAUGGGUUUCAGUAUUUUCAUGAAAUGGAGCAUAGGUACAAAAUCAAACCGAUGAUGGUACAUUACGGUGCCAUGGUUGAUAUCUUAGGUCGUGCUGGCCGUCUGAAAGAGGCUUAUGACUUCAUUAUGAGCAUGCCUUUCCAGCCUGAUCCAAUUGUGUGGAGAACAUUGCUCAGUGCCUGCAAUGUUCACGAUGUUAACAACAAUAAUGGAGUAGCAGAUAAGGUGAGACAGAAGUUGCUUGACCUGGAGCCAAGGAGAAGUGGGAAUUUUGUGAUGGUUGCAAACAUGUAUGCUGAUGCUGGGAUGUGGGAAAAAGCAGCAAAUUUCAGGAGGCUGAUGAGAGAUGGUGGCUUGAAGAAGAAGGGCGGAGAGAGUUGUGUAGAAUUAGCUGGCUCCAUCCAUCGGUUCUUUACUGGAUGGGACUGUCAUGAUGACAAGGAAAGUAUCUACCAGUUGCUAGUUGUACUAAACUUGCACAUGCAGACGAUUAACUUAUUGUGAUUGAAAUUUCUUAUCAUUUGUUAUUAUUUAGUGCAGUUUGACAUUCUCAUUAAUUUUGCGCUGUAUGUCUUUUCCGGGUUUUUUUUUUUACGUUCAAAACAAUAAAAAUUAAUGCGGCAGCAAGUAUUUCCUUGCAAGGAA